AUGUCUUCUUCUUCGCGUAUUGACCAGAUCGCAGGCCACUUGAACUACCCCAAGGGUCUGCUUGCGGGGCAGGUGGCUAUCAUCACCGGAUCUGGCCAAGGCAUCGGAGCGGAAACUGCGAGACUCUUCGCAAAGGAGGGUGCAAAGGUUGUUGUCUCUGACAUUGAUGGCAAAAAGGCGUCAGAUGUUGCCGACAGCAUCAAGGCGGCUGGUGGCAGCGCCACGAGCGUUGCCGGUGAUAUGCUCGAUGACAACUACAUCAACGAGCUUGUCAAAAAGGCGGCGGAAUUUGGCAAUGGCAAGAUUCACAUCAUCGUCAACAACGCUGGAUAUACGUGGGACGGAGUAAUCCACAAGACCACCGACAAGCAAUGGGAGACCAUCAUUGCCCUCCACAACACCGCACCUUUCAAGCUAGUCCGCGCUGCAGCUCCCUACUUCCGCGUCAAGGACGGCGAACCCCGCUGCAUUAUCAACAUAUCCUCAACCUCCGGUCUUCACGGCAACGCUGGUCAAGCCAACUACGCCCUAGCUAAAGCCGGCGUGACAGGUCUGACCAAGACCAUUGCAAAGGAGUGGGGUCCUCAGUACGGCGUUCGAGCUAACACCGUUGCGUUCGGACAUAUUUUGACCCGUCUGACGGCUGCAAAGGAGGCUGGCGCAUUCAUCACGACACCAGAUGGUCAGAAGGUUGCUUUGGGCAUACCUACAGGAAAGGGCGCCCUGGCAUCUGCCGCAGCUAAAGAACAAUACACCGACAUUCCCCUGAGAAGACCUGGCACAGCGACAGAGGCAGCAGGCGCGGUCCUUGCUGUUUGCUCGCCGCUAUUUGCCUACGUUAAUGGACAGACAAUCUCGGUAACGGGAGGCCGCAAUAUGUAA